AUGUGCAAGUGGAACAAUAUUUGUCCUGCGGGAGAUGGUCAGUGUAACUGUGGAUUGCUGUUUCAAAUAAAUAAAUUGAAAAAUUAUUCAUCAGAAAAUGCAUUUGCGAGCCCAGAUUUAUCAUUAUUAGCUCAGGCAAUGUGCCAGCAAGCUGAAAUCAUAACUCUUUUAUUAAAGCAAACACAAAUGGCAAAUGAAAAAAUUAACGAGGUUUCAGAAGAAAUAAGAAACUUAAAAGGGUCUAAUAGCAGCUCGGCUGUGAUUAUCCCAAGCAAUGAAGCUACCACUAGUUGGGAAUUACUGUCGAUGAUUUGUGGAGACCAUAUGGACUUCCAAUAUAAAAUUGAGUUGCUAAGCACAAUUCCUUAUCCUGUAUAUAAGGAGCGAGCCUUUUGUCUUGUGUCUAAAUUAGUGGAUUUGGAAGGAAAUGAAAUUUCGUUACCAAAACCAGUUCGCUUCAAAAUUAUGCUAUUUACCACAGAAAGGCCAGCUAAGUUAUUGAUAAAUAACACUUCAGGAGAUAAAGUAAUGAGAGGCACUAUAGAAACUGAAUCAGAUUCUUUAAUUACUUUUAAUAAUAUAGUCGUCAAGGAAGUGACAUCGCACUUUAGAAACGGAUGCUUUUUCUUAGUGGUUGCUCCUUUUGAUGCUAAUUACAUUGAACCGCUUAUCAUUGAGAACGUUGUCGUAAAAGCUAGAAAAGUCAUGAGCGAAGAUCACCCAAGAAAAAAGCAAAAGCUCGAAGAAAUAAAUUUGAAAAAUGAGACUAAACUUUAA